AUGUUGCCCUCAUAUGCAUCUGCAUCUUCUCCGAAGAUGAUGCCACGGCAUCAAGCGGGGGCCUACUCGAAUGGGUAUCCACGAGCCAAGAGCGACACAUAUUCCAUUUCUCCCCAUAGGUUCCAGCCAAGGACUUCACCUCCAGCCCUUCGACGGCGACGCCAACUUCUCGUUCGAUUGACCAUCGUUUUAAUAAUAACCACGCUUUUUGGAUUCUUCUUAUGGCCCGGCGCCUCCAUACUCCCAGUCCUUUCGUUCGGCCUGCUUUCUUCAGGCGAGGACUUUCAACUUGAGACUGUGCGAUACUACGAUCUUUCCAAUGUCCAAGGGACCGCGAGGGGAUGGGAAAGGGAGGAGCGAAUCCUGCUUUGCGCCCCCCUUCGAGACGCCGAAUCUCAUCUACGGAUGUUCUUUUCGCACCUGCGCAACUUUACAUACCCUCACCAUCUGAUUGACUUGGCCUUCCUUGUAUCAGAUUCCAAGGAUAGAACGCUUCCCCUGCUCUCUGAGCUUCUAGAGGAGCUUCAGGCGGAUUCAGACCCAAAGCAGCCAUUCGGGGAGAUCUCGAUUAUUGAGAAGGACUUCGGACAAAAGGUCAAUCAGGAUGUCGAAAGUCGUCACGGAUUUGCAGCGCAGGCAAGCCGAAGAAAGUUGAUGGCCCAGGCGAGAAAUUGGUUGCUGAGUGCUGCCUUACGCCCGUACCACAGUUGGGUUUAUUGGAGAGAUGUGGAUGUCGAGACCGCCCCGUUCACCAUCCUUGAAGACCUCAUGCGCCACAAUAAGGAUGUCAUCGUACCAAACGUUUGGCGCCCUCUUCCUGAUUGGCUUGGCGGCGAACAACCAUAUGAUUUGAAUUCAUGGCAAGAAUCUGAGACGGCGUUGGCUUUGGCCGACACUCUCGAUGAAGACGCCGUUAUUGUCGAAGGUUAUGCAGAAUAUGCAACAUGGCGACCGCAUCUUGCUUAUCUAAGAGACCCUUACGGAGACCCUGAUAUGGAAAUGGACAUAGACGGUGUUGGAGGUGUCAGUAUCUUAGCCAAGGCUAAAGUGUUCAGAUCUGGGGUGCAUUUCCCAGCGUUCAGUUUCGAAAAGCACGCUGAAACUGAAGGUUUCGGAAAGAUGGCAAAACGGAUGCAGUUCUCAGUAGUUGGUUUACCCCACUACACCAUUUGGCAUUUGUACGAGCCAAGUGUUGAUGAUAUCAGACACAUGGAGGAAAUGGAAGCAGAGCGCAUAGCCCGUGAGAAUGAAGAAAAGGAACGCCUCGAGCGGAUGAAUAAGAUCAAAGAUCAAUUUGCGGAUCCAAAUGGUCAAUGGGAGAAGGACAAGACGGACAUUCAAAACGAGGCAAUGAGGGAGAAGGCGAACGAGGAGAAGGCUGCAAAGGAAAGAGAGGCAGAGCAGAAAGCUGCAACCGAGGACACGAAACCAGCUGUGGCUGCAGGUCCUGUUCAAGCCGACAAAGAAGCAACUAAACCGCAGGAAGCUGUUCAGGAGUCUACGCCGAAGUCUACGCCGGAAUCUACGCCGGAGUCUAAGCAGGUGUGAGGCCUCUGGUGAUGCGAUAUGAGUGACUUGGGGAGACUCACUUCACAGAGAAUGAGGGACUUCAAUAAUGCUGUAGGGAUAUGAGCCUACGAACGUCUCCUUACAAACGGAAAUGAUCU